CGAACCUUUCUUCCACCUUAGUCAAGUUUUCCUCCGUCCGAAAAGUGACGGCUCCAUUAAACUGAAAAUGGAAUUCUCCUGCAGUAGCAACCGUGCCGGAGCGUCGACGGAGCUCUCCGUCUGUUCUUCACCUUCUUCGUCGUAUUCGUUCUCCUUGUCGGAGUUCGAUCAGCCAUUUACUGAACAGCAACUCCAGGCGAUCGAGGCCAUUGAAGCUGCAUAUCAGUCCACCACCGCCAAAAGGCGACGAGAAAAUGAGGUCUUGUGUGUUUCUCCCAACUCCGGCCGUCGAUUGCCUCGCUCCAUUUCGUCUCUCCAGUCUCCACAUUCUUCUCCAUUAUCGCCCUGUCGAGUUACCUCGAAGAUGAGAUUUCCUGCCUUGAAAUUUGGUGGCCGAAUUGUUUAUAGUAGAACUGCUAGUGAGGUAGAUAGAGCAUCCAGGGAGCUAGCAAAGAAAAUCAACUCCAUGAGGAAAGGAAUGGAUCAAAUUACUAUCGGAUUCGAUAUCGAGUGGAAACCCACGUUUAGAAGAGGUGUUCCACCCGGAAAGGCAGCAGUCAUGCAACUGUGCUUGGACCAUUCACAGUGCCAUGUGAUGCAUAUCAUUCAUUCAGGAAUACCCCGAAGUUUGCAGGCUCUUCUUGAAGAUGACACACUCAGUAAGGCUGGAGUUGGCAUUGUUAAUGAUGCUAUGAAAGUUUUUAAAGAUCAUAACGUGUCUAUCAAAGCAGUCGACGAGAUCUCGAAUCUAGCUAAUCGAAAGCUUGCUGGAGUUCCCAAAAAAUGGAGCCUUGGAUCUUUAACUGAGGCGCUCAUAUCAAAAGAGCUUCCAAAACCGAGCAAGAUCAGACUUGGAAACUGGGAGGUCGCUGUGUUAUCUAAGGAGCAACUGCAUUAUGCUGCCACAGACGCCUUUGCUUCUUGGUACUUACAUGAGAUCUUAAAGGGAUUUCCAGAUCCUCAAGAAGCAGCAGAUUCAGAGGGAGAUGAGGAACCAAUAUGUGUGAUGCCACAAUGACAUCCAAUGGUUGCAUUAAGAUCGAAGCUCAACACUCAGCUAAGUUAUCCAAUUUAUCUAAUUAAUUUUAUUGUUGAAAUUGUUUCUUAUCUUAAGAAACUCUAAAUUAAUCUUAUUGUUGAUUUACUCUAUAUGUAUAUGUCGGGUGUGGACUUCGAAAUGUUAGACACGUCGAUGAAAAUUCAACAUCCCGAAUAUAUCAAGGGUAAUGUUGGAAAUUCUUA